AUGCCAGAAGACACAGAACCGCUCGUUGGGGAAGAGAUACCUUGCUGCAGUACGAAUCCUAGAAGCACGGCGUACAAAGUAAUCGGAUGCUGCUUUCUAUGUCUUCUGAGUUUCGGCAGCUACUUCUGUUACGACAAUCCCGCAGCCUUACACUCCCAAUUCACCGAUCCAAACGUCAUGGGCUUGACAGAAUCCCAAUAUAUGGGCCUCUACUCGUGGUACUCCUGGCCAAACGUGGUACUCUCUUUUGUUGGCGGCUAUCUCAUCGAUAAGGUCUUUGGGGUUCGUUUGGGCGCUGGCAUUUUUUCCCUCUUUGUAAUUUGCGGCCAAUUUGUUUUCGCCGCGGGGGUGUUCUCCGAUCUCCUCUGGCUUUGCUACGUCGGACGCUUCAUUUUUGGAAUUGGAGGCGAAUCCCUAGCUGUAGCGCAGAAUACCUACACUUGUCGAUGGUUCUCUGGCUCUACUCUCAAUCUUGUCUUCGGUCUCCAGCUGUCGAUGGCUCGUGUGGGAAGUACUGUCAAUAUGAACGUCAUGGUGCCGCUGUACAACAAGUGCAUGGAAUUCAUGACGUACGGCAAUCGAACCCUUGGCAUGGCGCUGCUUAUCGCUGCUAGUACUUGUGUGUUUUCAUUUAUUUGCACUGCCAUAAUUGCUGCUAUGGAUCGUAAUGCUGAGAAACAAGGAGCUCUAGCGCAAAAAGAGGUAAAUGAAGACGGAGAAGAGGAGGAAGAAGCGAAGGUUUCGCUCUUAGACGUAUUCAAAUUCCCGGCGCAAUUCUGGCUUGUCACUAUCAUUUGCGUUUUGUUCUAUGCCUCGGUCUUUCCAUUCGUGGCAAUUGCUUUACCUUACUAUCAGUCUGUCUUUGGAUUAAGCCCUGCUGAAGCGGCAGCCUUGAACUCCAUUAUAUAUAUUAUGUCUGCUCCAUUAGCACCUAUCUUUGGUCUUAUCAUCGAUAUCGUCGGUUUCAACGCGUCUUGGGUCUUCCUCGCGAAUGUGAUUGUUCUCUCUUGUCAUCUUCUUCUCGGCUAUGUAACAAGCCUCACCCCCUGGGUUGGUGUUGUCGGCAUUGGCAUCGGGUACUCUAUGCUUGCAUCAUCUCUUUGGCCGAUGGUCUCUCUCCUUGUCGAGAAACACCAGCUUGGAACCGCCUAUGGUUUCAUGCAAUCCUGGCAGAAUCUCGGCUUGGCUCUUGUGUCAAUCGCUAUUGGCGCGAUUGCCAAGAAUCAAAUUUGGAAGCAAAUCGAGGGAUUCUUUUUUGCCUCAGUGGCCGUCUCUGCGAUUGCUGCUCUGGCGCUGAUUAUUUUAGAUAAAGUCAGAAAUGGAAAAUGCAAUGUGAACAAAAUCAAAAUGAGACGUUUGGAAAGAGAGGCGGCCGAUCAGGACCUCUUAGACGGCGAGGACAACCCGGCAUACGAAGAGUAA